CUCUCUCACACACACAGUCCACAUUUCCAGAGGAGACCGACACACACACACACAUACACACACAGGCUCCCUCCAACAUUUUCUGUCGAGCUCGGGUAACAAAACAAGCGGAGCGGGGUCGCGCCGCUCUCCGGACAGACCUUCACAUUCUUCCCAGGACUUUUUCUGCUUUUCUCUCUUUAUUCCCACGGACGCCACUUCACGCACACACGGCUCUCGGGAUACAAGUUCUUUUACAGCAGCGCAAGAAUCCCGAAGAUGGGGUCAGUCCCUGCGAUAUCUGUCCUGAUUUUGGGCAUUGUGGUUCCAGCGCUGGCCGGCUACAUCGAGGCGCUAGCGGCAAAUGCGGGCACGGGGUUCGCCGUGGCCGAGCCGCAGGUGGCGAUGUUCUGCGGAAAACUCAACAUGCAUGUCAACAUUCAGACCGGCCGCUGGGAACCCGACCCGUCCGGUACCAAGAACUGCGUAGGAACCAAAGAGGGCGUGCUGCAGUACUGCCAGGAGAUGUACCCUGAGCUUCAAAUCACAAAUGUGGUCGAAGCCAACCAGCCAAUUCGAAUUGAGAACUGGUGCAAGAAGGAGAAGAAGGUGUGCAAAGGCCACGCCCACAUCGUGGUGCCUUACAAAUGCUUAGUGGGCGAGUUUGUGAGCGACGUGCUUCUGGUUCCAGAGAAGUGCAAGUUCUUCCACAAGGAGCGUAUGGACAUGUGCGUCAGCCAUCAGCAGUGGCACAGCGUGGCCAAAGAGGCGUGUUCCAAGAGCUCCAUGGUGCUGCACAGCUACGGCAUGCUGCUGCCCUGUGGCGUCGACAAGUUCCACGGCACCGAGUACGUGUGCUGCCCCUCCUCUCGCAGCGUGGAGUCCGCCCCUCCCUCCCUGCCCUCCCAGGAGGACGACGACGACGAGGAAGAGGAGAUAGAGGAUGAGGAGAUUGACGAGGCCGACCUGGUGGAGGAGGACGAGGAGGACAGCGAGACACCAGCUGACGAGCAGCCCACACAAAAGGAGGAGCCGGUGGACUUGGACGAGGACGAGGACGAGGAAGACGAGGAGGAGUACCACUAUGUGUACGAGGACGAGGAGAUGGAUAAGGAGGACGAGGAAGAGAAGAAAGAGAGCAACAAAAUGUCAGAGAGUGAAGAUGAGGACAAGACUCUGCAGGAAGUGAAAGCGGUGUGCACCCUGGAGGCUGAGACCGGCCCCUGUCGUGCCUCUAUGCCCCGCUGGCACUUCGACAUGAGCCUGAAGAAGUGUGUGCGCUUCAUAUAUGGCGGCUGUGCCGGCAACCGCAACAAUUUCGACUCAGAGGAUUACUGCAUGGCCGUGUGCAAGCGCCUGACCAUGCCGCCCACUCCUCAGCCCACCGAUGAUGUGGAUAUCUACUUCGAGACUCCGGCUGAUGACAAAGAGCACAGUCGCUUCCAGAGGGCAAAGGAGCAGCUGGAGAUCAGGCACCGCAACCGCAUGGAGAGGGUAAGAAAAGAGUGGGAAGAGGCUGAUCGCCAGGCUAAGAAUCUGCCCAAGGCUGAGAGGCAGACGUUAAUCCAGCACUUCCAAGCCAUGGUGGAGUCCCUGGAGGAGGAGGCAGCCAGCGAGAAGCAGCAGCUGGUGGAGACUCACCUCGCUAGGGUGGAGGCCAUGCUGAAUGACCGGCGCCGUCUGGCCCUGGAGAACUACCUGGCUGCCCUGCAGGCCGACCCCCCGAGGCCCCACCGCAUCCUGCAAGCCCUGAGGAGGUACGUCCGCGCCGAGAACAAGGACCGCCAGCACACCAUCCGUCACUACCAGCACGUCCUGGCUGUGGAUCCUGAGAAGGCUGCUCAGAUGAAAUCACAGGUAAUGACCCACCUGCGUGUCAUUGAGGAGAGGAUGAACCAGAGUCUCUCUCUGCUCUACAAAGUUCCUUAUGUCGCUGAGGAGAUUCAAGAUGAAAUAGACGAGCUACUCCAGGAGCAGAAAGCCGACAUGGACCAGUUCCUGUCGUCUAUUUCUGAAUCACAGCCAGAUGUCACCGUGUCAUCAGAGGAGAGCGUGGAAGUGCCCCUGCCCGAGGGCAAACCCUACCGCCCCUUCCAAGUCACAUCCUUGGGGUCCCGGUCAGAACCAGAGGGCUCCGCCAUGUCUGGGUUAGACGGUCUGAUUGGUGCUGAGGAGAGAAUCAUCAACAGCAAACCUAAGAUCAGCAAUAAUGUGGUGAUUGAUGAGUCUCUGGAUGUUAAAGAAGUGGUUUACAGUGCAGAGAGAGUCAGCGUUAUGCAUGAUGAUGAGCUGGAGUCGUACCGCCCCCUGGGAGAGGACUUCAGCUUCGGCAGCAGCGCACUUAUUGGCUUGCUGGUAAUCGCAGUGGCCAUAGCAACCGUGAUUGUGAUCAGUCUGGUGCUUUUGAGGAAGAGGCAAUAUGGCACCAUCAGUCACGGCAUCGUGGAGGUUGACCCCAUGCUGACACCAGAGGAGCGCCACCUCAGCAAGAUGCAGAAUCAUGGCUACGAAAACCCCACCUACAAAUACCUGGAGCAGAUGCAGGUCUAACCAGAGCCGACAGGGGGCGCUGAGGGGGAAACAUACUACUGACCAAUAACAUAUGCUAUUGUUAAAAUCAUUUGCAUACAUCCAAACUCCAUUUUUCUGGUUUGUUCAAAACAAUCCUUAAAUAAUGCUACUACUUCUACUACUGCUACUGUACUAUAGAGCUCUUUUUUGAUCAUUUUCUUUUGAAUAAGGUGAUGUAUCUGCCAUGUUGCAUUAUGGAAAAAUGUGAUUCUGCAGAUUUUUAUGUAAUUAUGAAUACAGCUUUCUCCGAUUCAAGAUGUAUAACAUUUCUUCAGACAUUUUCUUUAUUUUUAAAAAGUGGACAGAAAAUCAAACCGUUAUUAAAAAUGUUCUUGAGUAGCCAUCAUUAAACUGGCAUAACAGACACUUAGCCUUAGGGCGCCAUCAUGCAAAGUGUCCUCCCUGCAGUUACUGAUGGCUUUCUCUCAAAGAGUUGGUGUUUUAUUUUGUUCUUUUUUUUUCCUCUCAAUAAAUUGCUUGUAUAUGAAGGUUCUUUGUACCUAAUUAAAAUGUAUAGUGAACGACAAAUGAGAAAAAAAUGAAACCAUGGACUAUUUUACUUUCUGUUCUUUGUUAUUAUAACAGACAAAAUAUACAUAUGCAGUUUAAAUAUAUAUAAAGUAGAUGUUUUUAUUCCACCUUGUCUCCCAGGUAGGAGGUAAUCAGUUGGUUUAGGGGUUCUUCGCUCGGUGGUCAUGAUUUGUGUUUGCAGGCGCCCAGUCAGAUGGAGAUGGAGGUGAAGGUGUGCACAGACCCCCAGCUCAAACACAUCACACAAAAACCUACUCUGUACCCUGUGAAUGUUGUAACCAAUCCCCUUUUACACACACAAAUACAACCUUUCAUCCACAGGGAUCAGAAUAAACUAAUGGACAAAGUAAUGCCUACUGAGAUGUGUUACAUAGUUGAAUGUAUUUUGGAAGCCUUUUUUUUUCCAUACUAUGUACCAGGUUGUUAUGUGGCUUUCUUUUAAAUACACUUGUCAUAAACAUUGUGACAGCAGGAGGUGGCAUGCCCCCACCGAUAAACAAGUUUUGUUGUUUUCUGUUUUUUUUUCUUUUUCAUUGUGUUUGUUUUUACUCAUCUGAAGCAACAAUAAAACUACAACAAGCACCAUAAUGCUACUUACAAAUAACACUUUGGGGAUAUUGUAUUCACACAUUACUGUAGCGACUAUUGACUUAAAGAGUAGAACAUCCUGAUGGAUCAAAACAGGACCGGCCCGAGGCUCAACCCGAAACAAGAAGCUGCCCCAGUAGAGUGAAAAUGUACCAAACUUAAUGGAUUCGGUGGUGCAUUAUCUAACGCCAAACAAAGCUCAUUCUUAACCUAAAUAUGCCAACUUGAAAAUGAAAUAGAUAAUUUUAGUGGGUACUAAAACUGUCUUUAAUAUUUGGGGGGGAAGUAUAAGGAAAUGUUGCGACCUGGACUUUGGGCGGUUUUCAUUCCCUGAAAAGCCUGGGCCGGCCCUGAAUGAAAGCCAGUUGAAGACAACAUGGAGCUGGAGGGCUGUGCAGGCAGACAGAGACACGCAGGAAGACAAGGCUUGGAGAGCUGGUUUUUGAGAAAAAAAAAUAUAGCUUGUGUAUUUUUACAGGUGGAGAAAGACACAAACUGAAUCCUAGAGUCCUCUUUUCUCUCUCUCUCUUAGUAUUGUCUUUGUAUGCCUGUAUAGUUGAUGUUGCAAUCAUGGCUUUUUUUUCUGAAGGAAUACCUGUGGUGUGCAUUGUUCUUUAUGAAAUGAUAUGAUGAUAUAUAUUUUUAAGUUUGUUUUCUAUUUUUUUUUUCUCUUCCUGUGACAGUAUCUCUGUAUGUGACUGUCUCACUAUGCACCCAAACGGCUUCAAUCUUGUAACUGCCUGCUUGAUUGUGGGAGGGGAAUGGGAACUAAUAGAAUAUGCAUAUUAGUGAUUUUAAAAUAAUUGAUUGACACCAGUGGAAACCGGUUUAUGGUUACAGGGGGAAUACACAUCAAUAAACUCACAACUUCCAUAUG